AUGACCGUCCACACCGAUUCGAUAGCAACAGUGCGUUCUAGACUCAAACCGAUGGAUGAAAUUGCGAUAAUCGGGGAUUUCAAUUUACCUGGAAUCAAAUGGAGACCUUCGAGAUCAGGAUUUCUGUACCCGGAUGCCAAUCACUCUACACUUUCGACAUGCACAGUCUCCCUAUUGGAUUCGUACAGCAUCAGCCUGCUUCAACAGAUCAACCAUGUCGAGAACAACAACGGAAGAAUUCUGGACCUCUGCUUCGUUAGCAGUGCUGACUCAGCUCCAGUUAUUUCAGCAGCGGCUGCUCCGCUAGUUACAACCGUUUCUUACCACCCCGCUCUGCACCUUGUUUUGGAAAACCGUGCUUCAAAUCAAUUCCGCAAAACCGCAACUGCAGUGUACUAUGACUUCAAAGAAGCUGACUAUAACGCCAUUUCUAACGUCCUGUCUACUAUCGACUGGGAAGAUGUUUUAGAUUGUGACGAUGUAGACAAUGCAGUUCAAAUGUUCUCCAUUAUCGUGAACUAUGCUAUUGACAGGCAUGUACCGAAGCGAACUACUUUAGAGCAUUCGCAUACUCCAUGGCAGACUAGGGAACUAAGUCAAAUGAAAACAGCAAAGAGAGCGGCAUUACGUCGAUUUGCCAAGUACCGAACCGUGCCACUUAGGAAUUAUUAUGUGCGACUAAACAAUGUAUACAAGCGAACUACUCAAUCGUGUUAUCGUAGUUACAUAACUAACAUGCAGCUGAAACUGAAAUCAAAUCCUAAGUCCUUUUGGAAGUUCGUAAACGAGCAAAGGAAUGAGUCCGGUCUACCUUCUACAAUGGAGUACAAUGGGCGCUGGAGUUCUGACACACAAACGAUAUGUGACCUAUUUGCUGAUAAAUUUGGAAGUGUGUUUUCGGAUGAGUCGAUAACACCCGCGCAAAUUGAAUCUGCUGCUGGAAACGUACCUUUUCUCGGCCAGUCUUGCUCCCAUAUCGAGGUUGACGAGCCAAUGGUACAGUCUGCUAUGAACAAACUCAAGGCGUCUUGCUCAGUUGGUCCUGAUGGAAUUCCGUCUAUUAUAUUGAAGAAAUGCGCAGCUAAUCUGAUGAUUCCUCUUUGUCGCAUUUUCCGCUUAUCGUUGAUUAGUGGAACAUUUCCAACUUCCUGGAAGUCGGCGUUUUUGAUUCCUGUACAUAAAAAGACGGGUGGGUAA